UGGUGAAGCAUCCGCGUCUCAACCAUGAAGCUGGUAAUCGUCCUUGUUCUGGUUACCCUUCCUCUCUGCUGCUAUGCGGGUUCUGGAUGCUCAGAGCUUCAAAAUAUGCUAACUCUGGCAAUCAAUGGAACCAAGGAUGAACUAUUUAACGCAGGGGAAAAAUACAUUACUACUGACUCGAUGAGAAUUGCUAUUUCUAAAGCAAAGGACUGCUUUUUACAACAACCAGCACAAAACUUGGACCUCACUCUAGAUUUAAUGAAUCUCAUCUACAACAGUCAGAAAUGUUCCGCUUAUUAAUUCCUUGAACUUCCUAGCUUCGAGAAAUUGCCACGGACUUACCGCCUGUGAACAAAGACCGAAUAUCUGAAAAUUUUCAAAUAUUUCUUCCUGCCAUCUACAGAUCAUUUCCACCCCUGCCUCUCUCAGUUCACAAAUCACUCUCUUUCAAUGCAGAGGCUUAGCUGAUGUAGACUAACCCACGUUUCUCUUUGCAAUAAAGUGAAUGCAACAACC